CGACCCGAAUGUCACCAAUCAUGAACUGUUUACUUAAGAUCGAGGCUGUACAGGAUGUCCACAUUACCGGUAUUAUCCAGUGAUCCUACAAGAGCAGGUCAAAUAUCAGCCCAAUUGGCAGCCGGAUUCCAAAUAAAGAGGUGAACGCCGAAGGUCAAGACUUCUUUUGAAUUUAUUGGAUUCCUCGAAGUUAAAAUGGAUGACGCAGACGCCGCAUUGAGGAAAGCUAGUAUUCCUAUGCAAGUGGUUUGUGCCAUUGCCGUGGUAUUGAAUCUUCUGGUUGUGCUGGUGUUCGCUAGAACCAAGCAACUCCGUGUUAAGUAUUACGGAUUCCUCUUCAACCUCGUUCUCGCUGAUAUUGCCUUCCCGACUACAAUGAUUAUUUUCGUACAUCUCAAGCGUGUACCCAUAGUUAUUGCCCUUACCCGGGCAUUCCUCCUAACUGCGCAGCUCAACAUCUUAGCCGUAGCUGUAAAUCGUCUGCUUGCCUUGUCUCUGAUGCCACCCGCCCGCUAUGAUGCUGUAGUAACACCUGCUCGCAUGGUGCUUGCAUGUCUAUUGAUUUGGAUCGUAUCUGCUGCGUUGUUCGUACCUACAACGUUUCUCCAGGAUCGAAAACUGAACUGGUUGAUCCAAGCGCUGCUUCCUCUUAUAACCCUUCUCACUACUGGUGUUCUGUACUUUGUGGUUUUCCGUAAGAUCUCCAAAUAUCGAGCGCCGCUAGCAUACACGGAGGGAAUCUACAAUGUCGACGAACAGACUAAUAGCCGUAUACGCCAAACACGCCAUUUGAUGGUGACCUUCACCAUCAUAUUUGUGGCAUCUGCUGUCUGUUGGCUGCCAUUUUGUGUAGUGUUUUUCAUACUGUUUGCUCACGGCAAAACCAGCUUUUCUGUCAUGGUAGGUCUGCGCUACUGCUUCACCAUAAUGGUGCUUAAUUCUGCGCUCAAUCCCUUUGUCUACUGGUGGCGUUUGAAAGAGGGAAGAGAAGCUUUGUACCACCUGUUCUGCGGAUGUCGUAACAACCAGGGAAAAGAAAGAGAAAGAGAUUCUGUAACAAUUGCGGAGACGGAAAUAUACACCGGGCAACGAUCUAGAGUGUUAUCUAGUGCCCCAGGAAGUCAAACGAAACAUCGGCAAACACAGCGGUUGCAGCUAAAGACAGGUUUUAACUUUGAAGGCCAGGACCUCUUCAGAAUUUGUUGAACCUAAAAUGGAUGACGUAGAUGGAGCAUUGAAGAAAGCUAGUGUUCCUAUGCAAGUGGUUUGUGGUGUUGCCAUGGUAUUGAAUCUUCUGGUUGUGCUGGUGUUCGCUAGAACCAAGCAACUUCGUGUAAAGUAUUACGGCUUCAUCUUCAACCUCGUCCUCGCCGAUAUUGCCUUCCCAACUAUAAUGAUCAUUUUGAUACACCUUAGGCACGUGCCAACAGUUGUUGCCCUCGCUCGGGCUUUUCUUCUAACUGCACAGCUCAGCAUCUUAGCCGUAGCCGUAAAUCGUCUGCUUGCCUUGUCUCUGAUGCCACCCGCCCGCUAUGAUGCUGUGGUAACACCUGCUCGCAUGGUGCUUGCGUGUCUAUUGAUUUGGAUCGUAUCUGCUGCGUUGUUCGUACCUACAACGUUUCUCCAGGAUCAAAAACUGAACUGGUUGAUCCAAGCGCUGCUUCCUCUUAUAACCCUUCUCAUUACUGGUGUUCUGUACUUUGCGGUUUUCCGUAAGAUCUCCAAAUAUCAAGCGCCACUGGCUUCCACAACUGGAACCAGCAAAGUCGAUGAACAGACAAGUAGCCGUAUACGCCAAACGCGCCAUUUGAUGGUGACCUUCACCAUCAUAUUUGUGGCAUCUGCUGUCUGUUGGCUUCCAUUUUGUGUGGGCUUUUUAAUACUGUUUGCUCAUGGCAAAACCACCUUUUCGGUAGUAAUUUACCUGCGCUACAGCUACACCGUAAUGACACUGAAUUCUGCGCUCAAUCCCUUUGUCUACUGGUGGCGUUUGAAAGAGGGAAGAGAAGCUUUGUACCACCUGUUCUGCGGAUGUCGUAGUAACCAGAGAACAGAAAGAGAAAGAGGUGCUGUAACAAUCGCGGAGACGGAAAUGUAAGACUGGCAUAUUUUAGGUCAUUAGAAAUAAUAUAGAAUCUGUGACAAGGCAAGGCUAUGGUUUUAAUGUUCAGCAAUUCUUAUGGUUAAUGAUACAGUAAUAAAUCAUAUAGUUUAUUAAAGGGUAUUGUGUGAAGGGAAUUGGGGCUGUUUUAAGGAACGUUUCAUAUCUUUUAGUCGUUCCCGGCUGUAUGUAAUUCACUGUAUUAGUCUAGAAAAAUAAAUAUGGACAAACAUGUACGGUGGUCUAUAGCAAUAAAUACAGACAUGCAUGCACGUACUAGAUAUUCAAGAAAGCCCUCUAUGGUGGCGGGCAUCAAAGAAUUACUAUUUUACUCAUUAUUGGAAAUUUUCAAUUUAUAAUCAUAAAUAACUGAGAUCGACAACUGUAACUGAUAUGUCUGGAUUCCAUGUGAAAAUGUACAUCGUAACAUUUUUAUUCUUCUAUCAUUAAAUACUACAAAUUAUGGCAUUGUAUAGAGUGAUAGUCUACAAAUACCAUGCUUCAAAAAUUAAGAAUAAGUAAAGGUUAUCUUCGAUAUGUCGCGAAGUAUUACUCCCAUCCUACUGUGAAAAGUUUAGAGUUGUGAAAAAAAGGCUUGUUAAAUUCCGAAAACUGAAGUGUCUUUUAUAUUGGGAAGCUGUAAUUACGUUUUCAUCAAAGCAAGGUCACAAUACAGGUGUUGAGGGUUAAUUGUAAACUUUUAUAUUCAUAUUAGGAAAUUACUUCCAUUUUAUUUCAUCCAUGAUAUCAACUACUCAGUUUCAUUGGAAAUAAACGGGUACACGUAAGCUGUAGGAGAUUUUGGAACUCAAAUUUCCUCUUUGUACCAUGAAUCAUAAAGGCAAACGAGAAUAUUUGAAAGAUUGACGUGUACAAUGUAAAACCAGAGAACACUUGACGCGUUUAUAAAAUGUGUUUAUGUAUUUACAACAUUAAACACAAUAUGUAUUUUCUAAACUCUGGUGGUUAGAACAUGUUCAGAUUACCUCAACACUGCGUUUACCUUAUAUAAAUUUUCCGAAGUACUAUGAUUAAAUAUCAGACUAAGAGCUCAAAACAAGUGUCGAUGACAAGGACGGAGGUCAGUGUGAAGUUGCAAUUACUAUUUCUAAAAAAAAUGGUAUACCAAAUGACACUCAAACAUAAAAAUUAGAUUUACGGAAUCAUAAUAUGGUCGACAAACUCAUAAUUCAUUUCUGUGAUUAGUUCAAGUACAGGUGCGUAGCCACCACUAUUUGCAUCACUGUUUGUAAGUAACUGAGUCUAGAAAAGUUGAAUUUUUCCCAAAGAGCAGUACAUCCUCAGCAACGCAUGCCAGUUUGUAAACACUGUAUUCACUGCCAUUCUAAACUGAGUGUUUCAAAUUGGACUCAUGAUCAUGCGCAAACCAAUUUUUUUUCUGCCCGGAUACAUGGUCUAAAAUUAGCUGGCAUCUGGUUCGUAAGUGACUUCCAAAAGGAAGACGCGCCAAAAUUUACAGGCUCCCAUUGGACGAUGCUGAAGUUGCGCAGUAACUUCCAGUUCCACGGUUCGAGUAAACCACCAUCAAUACAUGUAACUCUAUGUGCUGUGCAUGUGCAGUGGGCGUCGUCCAAACUGAGGUGACGUCACACUUACGAACCGGAUUGAUUCCCGCUAUAAAGAUUCCCUUAUUUUAAACUUGUGUGUGGCAAAUGGACAUAUGACAGCCAAAAUGACAACCAAAGGUCUUUGAAAUAAUAUGAUACAAGUGCAGUUUGAAGGUUUUUUUUUAUCAAGGCAGCCUGCAAUUACCUGGCGGGAAUGGUCGUCUCGGUACUUUACUGUUGUUUUAUGUCGAUUGUAGGACCCUAUAAAAAGGAGUCCUAAAGGCAGAGGCAUAUUUCUGUGUUAUAUAAUUAAACACAUUUGAGUUCUUAAACACUUUAUAACUUCUAAACGUGUUAACAUGUUUAUAAACAGUUACAUCAUGUAGACAUGUCAAAAUGUUUAUAGCUAAACGCUUCCUUAAACACACUGACAUGUUUAGUUGAAUAAACCAUGUGUUUAAAUAUUAAACAAUGUGUAUUUACUGGUCCGUUAUGUUGGAGUGCUAAACGUGUGUUUAUGUUGUAAAAGUGUUGCAAAAACGUGUUUAUAAAGUGUUUAGAAACUAAACACUUGGAUUUACAGUGAAUGCGUGGUAUGAUUUACGGUUUUACAAUGUAAAUAGUUGCAGAUACAGAGGCUGAGUAAAUACAAUCAAUAAUCAUAUACUUAUAAAUGCAUUGCCUUAAAUUACCUAGCGCAAAAUCGACCUGUAAAUAACGCAAUGUGAGUAACUGAUAAUUAAUGU